AUGGAAUCAUACCCUAUCGACUCGCUGCCUACCGCAGGCGAUAUCCAUAUGGCCUGCUUCACAGCCGUCAAGAACGCGCCCGAUCUCAAGGAGAAACUCCAGAACCAGGACAAAUCUCUCACCUUUGCCAUGGUCGAGUCCAACCUUAUCAUGGAUGUCUUCCAGCUACUCGUGGCAGCAACAAAGGCCGCCCACGAUGACAAGAUUGGAAAACUCGCCACCCAGACCAUCAGCUCCGAAAUCAUCUAUAACCUCUCACCCUCCAAGAACAUUGCAGAGUCGUUGAAGCGGUUCGGGAUCAAAGAGGACACAACAUCAUUGAUCGCCGUCAAGAUUGGAGGCAACCCGGACGAGAUCAUGGAGGAGAUGUCCCGGACAGUGGCCGGCAACCUCGUCUCGUUCUCAAAGUUGGAUCAGGAAAGGGAUAUGACCAAGCUUCGGCAGUAUUACAAGAUCGAUCCCAAGGUGACAGAAGACAAGGAAAUCUUGAACUGGAUCGUUGGAGCCAUCGCCAUGAAGAAUGUCCAAUAA